GUGUUGUCCUUUUGCGCUUGCCGUACAAUGUGUUUGUUCAAUCCAAGAUGGCUGCGCUCAGGGGCAGAGUGGUCACAGAAUGUCUUACAACGUGUAUUUUUCGACAAACAGGCACAGCGAGCAUUUCCACUCUUCCUAUUGUCGUGACAAGGAAUAAGUGGUUUGUCCCGAGAUCACAUCUUCACACUGGCAGAGGAAGCAGGGGUCCUCUAGUUAGGGCACUUCUUGGCUGUCCCACUCAUGGCAAGUUCCUGCUGGUCAGUGCUGUGGUGGUCAGACACAGCAGCUCACAGAUGACAGAAACCAUGCAGAGCAUUUCAACUCCAGUUGAAGCUGUAGAUGUAUCUGCUGCAGUAUCUGUUCCGGUCUCCAUCCCAAGUGCUUCUGCUGACCCCGCCCCCGCAGUCACGCCACCAAUCACAGAGCAGGUGACCGAGGCUCCUCUCACUGCAUUGGAUGUUCUGCAGGAGGCUGGAGCUGAAGCCAGCCUAUCAGAGCUCGGCCUGGGCAGCAACACUCCUGUGGGCCUGAUCCAGAAUCUGCUGGAGUUUAUGCAUGUUAGCAUCGGGCUGCCAUGGUGGGCGGCCAUUGUUGCAGGCACCAUUUUAGCUCGGUGUGUUGUGUUCCCAGUCAUUGUAAAGGGACAGAGGGAAGCAGCCAAACUGAACAAUGUCAUGCCAGAAAUGACCAGGCUCACCAACCGCAUGAACGAAGCCAAACAGAGUGGUAACAAAUUUGAUUUUUCAAAAGCAUACACUGACUUGAUGAUGUUUCAGAAGAAGCAUGACGUGAACCCUUUGCGGGGGUUUCUAGUGCCCAUGGUACAGGCUCCAAUCUUCAUCUCUUUCUUCAUUGCCCUGCGUAAGAUGGCAUAUCUCCCCGUACCAAGUUUGCAGACUGGCGGUCUCUGGUGGUUCACAGACCUAACCGCAGCUGAUCCAUUCUACAUUCUCCCCAUUGCCGUGACUGGCACUAUGUUUGCCAUCUUAGAGUUAGGAGCCGAAUCUGGUGUAGACAACCCCAAUCUGAAGGCCAUGAAGACUGUCUUCAGGAUCAUGCCCUUCGUGAUCCUCCCUAUGACCAUUAACUUCCCCACGGCGGUGUUCACCUACUGGAUGACCUCUAACCUCUUCUCACUGGGUCAGGUGGCCCUCCUGAGGCACCCGGUCGUGAGACAGAAGUUACGCAUCCCAGAACGCAUCACACAUCCACCUUCAGCACUUCCUCCCAAUGAAGGUUUCAUAAAAAGCAUCAAGAACGGAUGGAAGAAUGCUCAGUUGACUCAGCAGCUGGAGGAGAGAGAAAGGAAAAUUAAAGGACACCUGGAUAUGGCAGCCAAAGGUCCUCUGAGGCAGACUUUUACCCAUAACCCCCUUCAGCAGUCAGCAGCACCGAUGUCAACAGGAAAAUCAAGUAGUUCGAAGCGAGACAAGAAGAGGCCAUGGGAAGAUACGAUUGGUUAACACCUCGAUGGAGAAUUGUGAAGGCUUUGUACAUAUGUAUUGAGAAGGACGUAAAAGUAAGACUAAAUAAGUGUUUAAUGGAAAAGGUGUUGUGCUGUGUCUUCUUGCCAUUAAAGAGCAAUCUUAUUGCCUUA